AUGGUCCUCGAGACAGUCGCCGAGAAGAUCGCCCCAUCAGAAGCAGCACCAGCACCAGGCGCAGACCAUGACCAUGAGUCCGGCUCCAUCGCCUCCGUGCACGAGCGCGAGGAGCUCGACCGGCUGGGCUACAAGCAGGAAAUGCACCGCAACCGGUCCAUGUUCACGCUGCUCUUCCAGUCGCUCGCCAUAGCAGCAAUCCCCUACGGCGAGGGCAGCGCGCUCCUCAGCGCCAUCUACGGCGGCGGACCUCUCUCCAUCUUCGUUGGCUGGAUUGUCGUCUGCAUGCUGGACGAGUGUAUUGCAGUAUCCCUCGCCGAGCUGGCAUCCCGAUACCCCACGUCUGCAGGGCCAUACUACUGGUCUUUCCAGCUGUCGACAACAAAAUCCAAAACCCUGGUCUCCUUCAUCAAUGCCUGGAUCUGGCUGAUCGGGAACUGGACCAUCACGCUUUCCGUCAACUUCGGCUUCGCCUCCCUCGUCUCGGGCACGAUCUCCAUGUACCACCCAACCUGGAGCGCCAAUAACUGGCAGCUCCUCCUAAUCUUCUACGGCAUCACCCUGCUCUCUUUCGUCAUCUGCGCCUUCGGCAACCGCUACCUACCGCAGGUAGACAUCGCCUGCGCAACCUGGACCGCGCUGACCAUCCUCAUCAUCCUAAUCGCCGUCUCCGCCAAAGCAGACGUCGGCCGCCACAGCGCCUCCUGGGCGCUCUCGCACUACGACAAGAGCUUCUCCGGCUGGGGCAACUUCACCUUCUUCAUUGGCCUCCUCCCACCCGCAUACGUCUUCUCCGCCAUCGGCAUGAUCUCCUCCAUGGCAGAAGAAUGCUCCCACCCCUCCGUCAAAGUGCCGCGCGCCAUAUCCCUCUGCAUUGUCAUCGGCGGCAUCGCAGGGCUCUUCUUCAUUAUCCCCCUGUGCGUCACCCUCCCGCCGUUGAAGGAUAUCAUCAACGCCCCCGCUGGCCAAGCCCUACCCUACAUCCUGCACAGGGUCAUGGGCACUCCCGGCGGCGGACUCGGUCUCAUCUUCAUGGUCCUGGUAAUCACGCUCUUCUGCUCGAUCAGCAUCACCGUCGCUGCCUCGCGCGCAACAUGGGCCAGCGCCCGCGACGACGCCAUCCCGCUCGCGAGGCUAUGGGCGCACGUCGACGAGCGGCUCGGCGUACCGCUUUGGUCUCUUGUUCUGUUAACUCUCAUCCAGAUGCUGCUGGGCCUGAUCAAUCUCGGCAGCUCGAGCGCCUUCACGGCAUUUGUCUCUGUCGGCGUCAUCGCGUUGGCUGUUGCAUACGCCGUCCCCAUCUCGCUGAGUCUGUGGCACCGUCGCACCGAGGUGAACCGUGCCCCCUGGACAUGUGGACCCGUCGUCGGGCUUAUUGUUAAUGCCCUCGCGCUGGCGUGGAUUGGCUUUGAGCUAGUGCUGUUCAGCAUGCCCACUGCGCUGCCUGUCACGCCGGUGUCGAUGAAUUAUGCCUCCGUGGUGUUUGUUGGUUUUAUGGCUAUAUCGGCCGUGUGGUAUAUCGUAUAUGCGAGGAAGUGGUAUAAGGGUCCUCCCGAGUCGGAUGCUCUGGAGGAUUAA